UUUUUUUUUUUAUUAUUUUAUUUUUCUUCUCACUUUGUACGUUUACUUUGAUUUACUUAUAACUUAUCUAUUUAUCUAAUAGUUAUAAACUUUCAAAACGGUUGGCUUCAAAUUGUCGGUCAUCUCACGCAAUGGAAAGCUCUCACUGCAACAGCAACAGCAAUAAUAGUUAUCUUGAUCGUGAACUAGAAGAUGGUCCUUUGUUCCGAGCAACUCUAGCUCAGUUAGAAAACCGAACAGGUGCUCUGAAAGCAAACGUGAAACGUCUCUUGAAAACAGCAAGUCAAUCAUUAGAAGCGAAACAACAAUGGUUAAAGGCUGACAUCAAUUUUGUGGAUGCUUUACGUGACAUGCCAAGUCUCGAUCCUCUGUCAACUCAUUAUCUCGACCAAGCAUGGAAAGAACUAUUGGAUCAAAGAGAACGACUGGCUUUUUCUAUGCAAUCUUUACUCAUUUCUCCUUUACAAAAACUGUACGAUCUGGAUAUCAAAACAGCUGAUAUCAAGCGACGACAAUUUGAAGAAGAAAGCAAAGAUUAUUAUGCAUUACUCUCCAAGUAUCUCUCUAUCAAAUCGACUUGUCCUUCAUAUGAUCAAAGCAACUCAACUUCAAACUACAACAACAAUAAUGCCAAGAAAAAGGAACAACGAAAAUCUCUUGAACUGGAAGCCAAGCAUACUGCCAAGCAGCGACACUUUGAUCUGGUACGAUUUGACUAUUACAAUUUUUUGAUGGAUCUGAAUGGUGGCAAGAAGGAACAAGAAAUUCUGUUUCAUUUACUUACUUUUGAACAACGGGAAUAUGAUUUUUAUCAAUCAGUUGCAAAAGGUUUAGCUCGAUGGAAACCUGGAUUGGAUGAACUGGCUUCACUUAUGGCUCAAGCUUCUUCUGAACAAUGUAUUGUCAACAAAGAUCGAUUGGAAAAGCGCCGUCAAUUGGAAUCAAAAUGUUUACAGGAUGAAUUUGAUACCACUAUUACAUCGGAUUCUUUAUCUCAACAAGAACCUAGGCGGAGUAUUUCAUCUACAAGAGAUCUAUCAAAAUCUCAACAACAACAACAACCACCUAUCUCACCGCGGUCACAAAUGUCAUUCUUCGAUUCUGAAACUACAACAAGUAUCAAUAGCUUUUCUUCUGCAUCAUGUUUAUCUCCUGAUAGGCGCCGAACAUCAAUGGAUCCUUCAUCAAAUUACAAAGAUAUACCUAAAGAUGAAAAUCAACAAGCCAAUCGACGUAAAGAAGGAUUUUUAUUCUCACCUGGACGACCAACAAAAUCCAAUCCUGGCACUGGAAGUAUUUGGCAUAAACACUGGUCAGUCCUCAGUGGCGGACAACUUUAUGAAUACAGCAAUUGGAAAAAACAACUUGAGCCUCACAACGAUCCUAUCGACCUACGUUUCGCAACAGUACGGGAAGCAAGGAAUAGUGACAGACGCUUUUGUUUUGAAGUGAUCACUCCUCAUUUCAGUCGUGUCUAUCAAGCAACAUCACAGGAAGACAUGCAAAGCUGGAUUCAAUCGAUUUGUAAUGCUAUUGAAAGCGCGUUGAAUGGUGGAAAUUCUUCAGGUUUGGAUCUUUCUUCGAACAACAAUUUGAUACCAACAGUACCAAGUAAUGUAGAUGAUGAACAUGCCAAGACUUUAUUGGAUCGUGCGACAACUGGAGAAGGAAACAGAAGGAAAUCCUGGAAGGAUCAUGGAAAAUCUCUAACUGUGGCGUUGAAUGGAUUAAGACGCAAGAAACUUCAUAGUGCUCCCUCUUACCCUGCUACUGAUGUUUACCAUGCCAUCACAUCACCUCCUUCAUCAAGUGACAUCUCUGGCAACAAACCAAAAGUACCUAUUUUGACAUUACUACGAGAAAAUCCCUCCAACAAUUGGUGUGCUGACUGUGGGGCCAAAAAUCCUGAUUGGUGUUCAUUGAAUUUAGGUGUUGUCAUUUGUAUUGAUUGUUCUGGUAUUCACCGAAGUAUGGGAACACAUAUCAGCAAAAUUCGAUCUCUCACUUUGGAUACUGCUUCAUAUACAGCAGAUGUAGUAAAAAUGUUACAGCAGCUAGGAAACGACAAAACAAAUGCGAUACUGGAAGCAAACUUGGGGGAAGACUUUCAAAAAGUGACCAUGAAUGACUCUAGUGCAGCAAAACAAGCCUUUAUUCGCGACAAGUAUGAAUUACAUCGAUUUGUAAAGUAUCCUUUUGAAUCAUCCUUCGAUAAUCACAGUGACACGCUUCUUCAACUUCUUUUCCAUGCCUUGGACAAGGAUGAUAUACCGUUAGCUUUGAAUGCAUUGUUACUUGGUGCAGAUCCCAAUGGUCAACAAUCCUCACAGUCUUCAAUACCAACGCAUCCUCAGCAAGGUAGUGAAACGGAGCAAGUCAUUUUACCAGUAUUGGAUAUCGAUGGUAAUCUUGUACAUGAUCGGACAACAAGUGUUUUCCUUCCAUUACCACAGCAUCCUCAUCAGCAACAACAAGAACAUAGUAAUAAUAAUAUCAACAUGACUACUGUCCGCUAUGCUUUACAUUUUGCUCUUUUACACCCACGUAAGAAUGAUGACGAUGAUCAAAAUACAAUGGUAUUCCCAAUGGCAGAAUUACUUUUACAAAAUGGUGCUCGAUUGGAUUACAUUGAUACAGCAACUGGAUACGAAGUGUCGGAUUUAUUAUCAUUUGGGGACAACUUGUCAGAUCAAGCCAUCAAGUAUAUCAAUAACAAGAAUCAAGCACGAGGACGUUCACCUAUCUAUCGUACACCUAUGCCAUCUUCCAUCUCUCCUUCUUGACUCACCUGUUUGAAAAAAAAAAAAAAAUUAUAUCGCCCUUACCUAAUUACUCUCUUUACAAUUGCCUUUGUUAGAAUAUUUAUCCACUCUAUGUACACACUUAGAUAUACCCCUUCUUUUUUUUUAUAUAUAUACAUAUCUAUUCAUUAUUAUAAAUAUAUUCCAAUAAAACUUGUUAUUCUUCAC